AUGCACUGGUUGAAAAAUGGGGACCUUAAUACCAAAUCCUUUCAUCAAUCCGCUACGGCAAGGAAGAAGUUUAAGAAAAUUGAGAAAUUAAUUAAUGAAGAUGGGUAUGGAUUAGUCGAGCAGCAAGAUAUUGGAAUUGAUACGCAGGAUUAUUUUGAAAGAUUGUUCACAGCUACAGCAGCCACUUACGACCUGGAAAUGCACCCAGACAAAUCUCCAGUUCCGGAUAGCUUCAGCCCGAUAUUCUAUCAAAAAUUUUGGGAUAUUUGUGGUGACGAUAUUUUUACUGUAGCUAAGCUAUGGCGGGAUCGAGAGGAAUAA